CCGGACGAUACCCCUGUAGCUUCCACUGCCUGAGAGGGACGGCGCGGCACUCGUCGUCGGGUCCCGUUAGAUUGACAACAACAAACCCAUCCCGUCUUCCAUCCAUCCAUCCUCCUUCCACUUCCCGACCAACUCCGUCCCAACCAUAAUAUCACCACCACCUUCCCACCCACCACAAACCACAACCCACCAAAAAGAUGUUCACCCGCACCGCCCUCCGCGCCUCCGCGCCCAUCGCUCGCGCCUCGGCCCCCGCCACCACGGCCCGCUUCUUCUCCUCCUCGCCCGCCCGCCUCGUCAAGAUCGGCGAGCUCCUGCCCGAAGGCGAGCUCCUCCAGGAGGGCUCCCCGGGAAACAAAGUCGACCUGCGCAAGGAGUCCGAGUUUGCCCGCAACAUGCUGAUUAUCGGUGUCCCUGCGGCCUUCUCGCCUGCUUGCAGCGCGAGCCAUAUCCCCAGCUAUAUCCAGCAUCCUAAGACGCAGGAGUUUGAUGUUAAGGCGGUGGUGUCGGUUAAUGAUGCUUUUGUCAUGAAGGCAUGGAAGGAGAACCUCGACCCCGCCGGCGAGUCUGGUAUCCGCUUCCUCGCCGACCCCUCGGGAUCAUUCACCAAGGCUCUCGACCUCACCUUCGACAGCAAGGCCAUCUUUGGCAACGACCGUUCCAAGCGCUACGCCAUCAUUGUCGAGGACGGCAAAGUCACCAAGAUUGCCGUCGAGCCGGAUAACACUGGUACCGCUGUGUCCUUGGCCGAUAAGGUUUUGGCUUAAUAGACGUAAGAGAUACAUGAUGAUGGAGAGUGAUGGAGUUCAAAAGUUCC